AUGGGAGAUACUCAGUCUGCGCAGCGGGACCCCGACGCAGCGGCGGCGGCAGAGGAGGAGGGGAGAGCCCUGGACCAGAGCCCGAGCACCGCGGAGGAGACGCAGACCAAGCUGCAGAACAAUGGACAGAUCUCAGAGUUAAAUGAAAAGAAAGAUGGGACCGUGACAGAUGGCAGUGAUCCAGAUGAAGAAGCAGUCAUUGUGGACAAAGAGACUUCUUCGGUCAAAUCUACCACAGAAGAGCUUUCAAGUGUUCAACUCAUUCCAAAAGAGUCCCCAGAUCCAAUCCAAGAGGAAGCAAUCGAAAUACUUAACAUCGACGGAAAGCAAAACGAUCUGAACGAAAGCUUUAAGAAAUUCUUCAGUAACAUUGGAUUAAAGUUGACCGUGAAAAAGGGAUUGGAAGACCAACCAGAGGAAGAGACAGAAGGAACAGAAACGCAGGAGGUUAUAGAGGAAACUGCAAGUGAGACGAGAUAUGAAGACGUUGAUAAAACCACAGACUUAGACGCGAUACAUGAUAACGAUUCGACUACAGGUCCUACCAUGACAGAUGGAGCUUCAGACGGUGUGGGAGAGGCUGGAGAAGAAAACAUAACUGAAACAUGUGGUCAAGAGGCACAUGCAGCUGCAGCCCAAGAUGAAAACCAAAACCAUAGUACAAAAGUCGAGCAAUCUCCAACCAACGAAGAAGAAGAGGAGUUUGUAUCACCGAUUAAAAAGUUUUUCACCACCGGAAUAUUUGCAGGACUAAAGAAAAAGAUAAUAGAAGAAGAGGAAGAGGAAAAGGAGUUGAUUGAUAUGAGUAAAAAUGAUACAGAUACCCGACCAGUGGAUCUUCAGGAGGUUGCAGAUCAAAGCCCCAUCGUCACAAAACAAGACAUUGAAUCUAAAGAGUUGGAAGAAGACACAGCACACGUUCUGGAAACCACUGAAGUUGAAGAGCGCGGUAAAACCCCAUCCACAGAUCAAGAAAGUCAGAAGAAGAGAAAGUCAGGAGACAAACAGGAUCAACUUUCCUCUGAUGAAGGAGAUAAAGAAGUGGUUUCAGUGGAAGAAGACUCAGAAACUCCAGCUGUGGUCCCUCUUUCAGAGUUUGAUCAGUCUGAGACCGAGGAAACGGUAAAGAUUGACGUCGAAGUCCAAGAAAAUAGGACUCCUGAGUUGAGCAUGAAAGUGUCCGAACAGGAAUCGAACAGCCAAGCUCCAGAUGAACACGUAGUAACAGAAGCAAGUAUGGAGCCUGAAAUUGUGAUGGAAGAUUUUGAAAUGGUCAACACGAAAGAUUUAGAGGGCUAUCAAGAGCCUCCACCGGAAAGCCAAAACUUUCUACACACAGUUGAAGAGGUUGCAGUGGCUGACAGCAUAAUGAAAGAAGAUAUCGUUACAGACAAACCUGAGCACAAAGGUGUAAAUGAGAAGGAUAUAAUUGAGGAACAAUGUCCCAAAAUCAUUAGAGAAGCGGUUGAGGUAGAAACACCAGUCACUGAGGCCAUCACUGAGAGGACCACUGAGGAUACCACAGUGUUCAUCAGUGAAUCCAUUAAUGAGAUCUAUGAGGCCACUACUGAGACAAUCACUAAGGUCACUACUGAGAUGAUCACUGAGGCCACUACUGAGGCUACUACUGAGAUGAUCACUGAGGCCACUACUGAGACAAUCACUGAGGCCACUACUGAGAUGAUCACUGAGGCCACUACUGAGACGAUCACUGAGGCCACUACUGAGAUGAUCACUGAGGCCACUACUGAGAUGAUCACUGAGGCCACUACUGAGAUGAUCACUGAGGCCACUACUGAGAUGAUCACUGAGGCCACUACUGAGAUGAUCACUGAGGCCACUACUGAGAUGAUCACUGAGGCCACUACUGCGAUGAUCACUGAGGCCACUACUGAGAUGAUCACUGAGGCCACUACUGAGAUGAUCACUGAGGCCACUACUGAGACAAUCACUGAGGCCACUACUGAGAUGAUCACUGAGGCCACUACUGAGAUGAUCACUGAGGCCACUACUGAGAUGAUCACUGAGGCCACUACUGAGACGAUCACCGAGGCCACCACUGAGACAAUCACUGAGGCCACUACUGAGGCCACUACUGAGAUGAUCACUGAGGCCACUACUGAGACGAUCACUAAGGCCACUACUGAGAUGAUCACUGAGGCCACUACUGAGAUGAUCACUGAGGCCACUACUGAGAUGAUCACUGAGGCCACUACUGAGAUGAUCACUGAGGCCACUACUGAGGACUUCACUGAAAUAGAAACAGCCGCUCAGGUCCUCACUAAAAUUAUCACUGAAGCCACCCAUGACACUGACACUACCAUUGAGGCCACUACUGACACUGAAGCUACCAUUAAGGCCACCCAUGACACUGAAGCUACCAUUGAGGCCACUACUGAAACUGAAGCUACCAUUAAGGCCACCCAUGACAAUGAAGCUACCAUUGAGGCCACUACUGACAAUGAAGCUACCAUUAAGGCCACUACUGUUACUGAAGCUAACAUUGAGGCCACCACUGACACUGAAGCUACCACUACAGCCACCCAUGACACUGACACUACCAUUAAGGCCACUACUGACACCACUGACAAUACCAUUGGGGCCACUACUGACACUGAAGCUACCAUUGAGGCCACCAGUGACACUACCAUUGUGGCCACCCAUGACACUGAAGCUACCAUUAAGGCCACUACUGACACUGAAGCUACCAUUAAGGCCACCCAUGACACUGAAGCUACCAUUGUGGCCACCCAUGACACUGAAGCUACCAUUAAGGUCACUACUGACACUGAAGCUACCAUUAAGGUCACCCAUGACACUGAAGCUACCAUUGAGGCCACCACUGACACUGACACUACCAUUAAGGCCACUACUGACACUGAAGCUACCAUUGAGGCCACCACUGACACUGAAGCUACCAUUGAGGCCACUACUGACACCAGAAUCCACCAAGAAACUAUACAACAACAACAUGAUGUAGUUACAGAGGUUGCCAUUUCACAACUGGAUGAUACUACAGAUCAAAUUGCACUUUCAACAGCUCAAGGAGUUGUGGAAAGAGAUGUUGUCCUCAAAGAUGAGCUGAAAGACAAACUUCUUCUAAAAUCUGCUGAAAAUGUGACUGAUGAAACUACAUUAAAGAAUGAACAAGAGAUUGCGACGGAGAAGAACGAAGUAACUAUUCAAGAAGUUGUUCAACAUCUAAAGGAGAUCGUUGACUCUGAUGAGGAACUAGAGUUUAAAGAUCUACCAGAUGACAUGGGUGAAGACCAGACCAUAAAAGAGGCACAAGAUGAGGAGUGUUUUGUUGUAGCUCGAGAAGAUCCUGUGAUGGAAACAAAAGACCAGUCUUUCAGCAAAACAGAGGCGGAUAUCAAAGAUGGUAAAGUACAAGCAGCUGCACCAAGCCACAUUGGAACUCCAGUGAAGGGGAAGACUUCGCAGUCGCACUUGAAGAUCCCCGAACGGUUCCAGCGACGAUUGAAUGGGAUUAAGUCAGCGACCAAAAGGUUGGACAAUCACCGGACAUCGUUCAAAGCCUUAAAACUCACUCACUACGACAAUCACUGUGGCCAAGAAUGCAGCGUUUUUGCUUCUUUCUCACAUGUUUUAUUGUUUAUUUAUUCAGACACAUUUUGA